AGACGCGUCGGAAUACAAAGGCGGGGGAGAUUGGCAGCGCAGCUGUUUCGGAAAAGGCUUCCUGCUCCUUUAAAGACGCUCCUGUGUGCGGUUUUCACAAGCUGGAAAGGCUCUGGGCGGUGUGAGGCAGGCAGUCAGUCAGUCAGUCUCCUUGUAACAGGCAGGCGGCACGCUGACUGAUCUCGCUAACAGGGGCUUCUGUGUAAACUGAGGCUAAACAAACACAGAUGGGUCUCUCCGCGUGCAUUCAGCAAAAAUGCUGGCAAUGCGGCAGGGACUUGAGAUGACAUUCUGAUCCGGCUGCUCCCACACUGUCUCUCUCGCACAAAUCUGGGCUUGGAAGGACAGCAGCUGCUCUGCAAAGCCUGCAGCAGCAACAGCGGCGGCAGCAGGAGCCGCCGCUGCCGCCUCAAGGGUGUGUGUGUGGGGAGGGAGGCUGGAGGUGGCGGGUGGGUGGUUGUUUUGUUUGCUGGGAGAGCCUUCGCGACUUGCGAGAGGGAAAGCAACUCCCUGACGGGCUUCCACCAUGAAGAACAUGCAGCUGGUGGAAGAAGCGGAGCGCUGGAAACGCCUCUGCCUCAAGGAGCUCGGCGGCGGCAGCAGCAGCAGCAGCAGCAUCAAGACGCUCAAGAGGAAGAGCAAAGAGCCCGCCAAGCUCCCGCUCAACGGCUGCAGCAGGAGUCUCCACGCGGAGCACCACCUGAAAGCCCACCACGAGCAGCACGUGCUGCUCGGGGAGAUGCUGGCGGGCAAGGCAGGCUCGCGGCCAGCCAGCCAGGCAAGCGCUUCCAAGGCGACGGCGGCCGCCCGGGAUCUCACGGAGGGCAGCGGCGAGGCGAUCGAUAUGAGGAAAGCAGCUUUCCCUGCGGGGCUCCUGGCGUCCCCCCAGCAGCAGCCCCUGAGGAAAGACACGUGUCUCGGCUCGGUCGGUCUGAAUGGGGCAGAAAGCCAGGCUUUCCCGGAUCAGAGCCUGCCGUCCAGGAUCGUGGUGUGUCGUCAACAGCAGCAGCAGCAGCCGCCGCCGCGACCACUGGAAAGUUCCUACCCGUCCGUUUCCCAUGUAAUUUACAACAGCAACCCCGAUUCCUCCCCAUCGCCUAGGAAACGGCUGGGGGAGGCUGCAGGAGCCUCCUCGGAGAUCAAAGCCAUUCAGCAGACAAGGCGGCUGCUGGCGAAUGCCCGGGAGAGGACCAGGGUGCACACCAUCAGCGCCGCCUUUGAGGCUCUAAGGAAACAGGUUCCCUGCUAUUCCUAUGGACAGAAGUUAUCCAAACUGGCCAUCCUGAGGAUAGCAUGUAACUAUAUCCUCUCCUUGGCCAGACUAGCCGACCUGGAUUACAGCGCUGACCACAGUAACAUGAGCUUCUCGGAAUGUGUGGAGCAGUGCACUAGGACCUUGCAAGCCGAAGGAAGGUCUAAAAAAAGGAAGUGGGGGUUCUACAGGAUGACAUCUAAGUGGAUUGUGCCCUCUCCACAAAUCCAUCCAUGGCAAUGGGAAAGAGAAAGCUGUGCCUUGCCAAAAUCCCGUAACUAUAUUCAGCAGGAAACAGGACUUGAGAGGCAGAAUACUGAACACUAAAAAACACAAAGGGAGUGAUUACGGACAAGGUGGAUCAGCAGGACUCCUGAUGUUGUCAAAGCACACAUUGCUCAUUUGAAAUGAAUAAAUCAACUUUUUGAAGACAUCUUUCUUCAAGGUGGAUACUGGCAAUGGGAACUUUCAAGAUGUGAGAAACCUGCCUGAGAAGAUGUGGAUGUUUUCUUCUUUAUUUUUUUUAAGCCAACCACACUUUAGUAUGUGCAAUGUAUUAAGCACUUUCCCCCUUUGCUUCCAUAGGAAAUAUUACUCUCCACUCAUAGUAUACUGCAAUAUUGUUGUUAAUACCAAAGAUCUGAUGGAGUUUCUAUACUGUCAUCCCAAUCCAGAGGAGAUUAGCUGCUAGCAGAAGCAAUCUUCUGCGUGUAUUAGGAGCUGCCAGCAUAAAUCAGGUGAACAUCCAAAUGCUCAUCCCAGUGUGGAAGUCACUGGCCCCUUCCAGUCAAAUGCAUAUUCCGAUCUACAUUUGGAGGUGAAUGGGGAAGGCAUCCCACUGAAAAUAAUGCAGCAAGGUUAGAUGAGCAGCCAGGUGCACUUCUGAUCUUUCUCUCAUAGUUCCCCAUAUGUGUGUGGAAGUCUGUUUUGGAUUGGGGCAGCAGUGUACUUUUUUUUUUUUUUUUUUUUUUUUGCCUUAAGUGUCACCAUUCUGGAGCUGAGAAAUCUCCAGCAUUCCCUUCAGUAGUGUCAUUAGGAGUCACAAAUCAGAACUUGUGAAUCCUUCUGUAUUUUUUUAUUAUUAUUAUUCCAUCCAUUUGUACAGAUCUGCCUGAAGCACUGAAAGCAGGAUUUGAAACAGGAAGCAGUCAAGUCAUACUAAAAUUUGUUCCGCAGUUGAUGAUUUUUCUUUUCUUUUCAGCAAGCUUAUUGUUCUGUCCAAUUUGGCAGGAGCUGGAUUUCUCUCACAAACACACACUCACACCUAUAGAGGAUAAAAUAGUGAAACAAAGUGAACUGUGCUGUAACGGGAUAUGCUUUUUUUCAGAUUUUUAAAAAAGUGCCAUUUAACCCAACUAAUUAAAGAAGCAUAUUAAGAAAGAAUGAAUGAAUGGGCCGAAUGUAAAGUAACUGAACUAUUCCAAAACAGUUUUUAAAGUCACAUUUUAGAGUUUAGAAAUGUUUUGAACCCAUGUAAUGCAAAGGCAUUUGAAUUCUAUAUUGUAUCUUUCACUUCAAAUUGAAGUAAAAAAAGUAUGGAGAAACUCGCUUGGAGUAAGUAAGCUGCAUAAAUAAUGCAUGUCAUAUGUAAGACAUCUGCUAAUAAUGAAGAAUAUAAUUCAGUGUUACAGUAAAGUAAGAUGGCCUUUUGAAGAAAAGAAAUUAACAUAUUUCACUCAAAUGGUAAGUAUAAUGGCUAUACAGUGGGCCAAUUCAGAUGAAACCUUGGCUUCACACACUGUCUCUUAGCCUUGGGAGCACACGUUGCCAUCUCCCCGGCCCAUGCAGAAGUUGGAAGAAUGCAACUUCCAACUGUGUUUAUAAAUGAGCCAGGAUUGGUCAUCACAUCCGAACCGACCAAUCCUGGCAUAUUCUAAUCAAAGUGCUUGAAAUAAACCACAAUCAGAAUCCAACUUUAAGUGGUUCAGAUCAUGAUUUAUUGGAUUCAGAUCAUGAUUUAUUUCAAGCACUUUGGUCAGAAUAAGCCAGGAUUGGUUGGUUCAGACAUCAUGACCAAUUUUGGCUUGUUUCUAACCACAGUUGGAAGUAGAAUUCUUCCAGCUUGCACAUGGGCAGGGGAGGGGAGAGCAUGUACUCCCGAGGCUGAGAGAUGGCUCGCAAAACCAAUGUUUAAUCUUGGCUUUGUGUGAUGUCUGAACCAACCUAUUGUAAUUAAAUGUGGCUCUCUGUUAUUUCUGUACAAAUUAGGUAUAUUCGUGCUUAAUUUACACAAGUGUAAUAGAUUUGAAUCUAGCCCUUUAUGCCUAUUGGAUUGGGAGACAUCACAAAUCUGUACCUUUUGUUAUAUGUAUUGAGGGCAGCAUGUUCAUAUUCUUUUAAAUGUUAAGCCUAAUCCUAAAUACAGAAUUCACUAUUCAGUUGCCAUCCACUGCUUUUAGAGAACUAAAGGGCUCCAAACUGGUUUCAGUUCUCUCUUUAGCAUGGGAAAGAUAAGUUGAAAACGUUGGUGCAGUUAAGUUUUGCUGUUAUGUGCACAAGCAAGUGUGAGCUUGCUCCAUACCCACUUUUCUCCAUACCCACUUUUCUCCAUACCCACUCCAUACCCACAUGUGCUCCAUACCCACUUUUCUCCUUCUUCACACACAAUUAGAAGUUUCUGUGUAAUAAACUGCAGUUUUCCAUUUCAGCUGAAUUUGGAGAACUGUGGUUUGUACAAAUCACAGUUAAUUAAAACACAGAGAGGCGAGUCUCACGAUCGGUGAGACCCGCCUUUAAAGGGUUUGCGGGGAGAGUGGGCUUAGCCCACUCUCCCCACAGACGAUCCUCAGACAGCCCAGGGCGGCUGGAUAGGCUGCCCACAUGACUGCUGGCUCUGUCACGAAGUUGGCGGGGGCUGUGGGGAUCGGGGGCCAUGUGGCCCAUGGAAGUUCCAAGAUGCCCCACGCAAGCACGCAGGGCAUCCUGGAGAGACUCCCGGGAUCAGGAGGCUUGUUUCAGCCGGGGGUCUCCACGUGUGUUGCCGCGGAGCUGCACCGCGGCAAUACACGAUCAAAAAGACGGAGUUAGCGGAGCACUCACUCUGCUAACCUCAGCUAAGGGGAGGGGGAAUUAGGAGAGGCUCCCGUGGCAGCAGACAAUCAGCAAAAAGUGGGCUGGGCUCCCUUAGCCCGCUUUUUGCUGAUCGUGAGACUCUCCUCAGAAUAUCAAACAGAUCCUGGUUUGCUAUCCUGGUUUGAUUAGGUUUGUGCAAACCAGUUUGCUGUAUUCAGGUGACACAGGAAACUGCAGUUUCUGGCAAACCACCUUCUGAUUGCAUGUGAAGAAAGCGGAAAGUUGAGGCACAAGCCCAAGGUUCCCACAUGCUCAUGCAUAUAAUGACAAAUCAUGGCUUUUCCAAAUGGGGUCAGUACAUUCUUCCUAAAGAACCUCUCAAUGAAUGAGAAAUGGUUAACUGAUUUCUAUUAUUGAAAUGCAAUAAAACUAACCUGCAAAACUCA